AUGUUUAAAGUAAAAAAGAUAAGGUCCCACUGGGAUUCGAACCCAGGUCAAGGGAUUUAAAGUCCCCAGUACUAACCACUAUACUAUGGAACCAGAACACAAUGUUUACUUGUUAUUUUUUUGGCUAUUACUUCUAUUUAAUCUUUAAAUAAACAUGUUCCAAAUAAAAAUAGAUAAGGUCCCACUGGGAUUCGAACCCAGGUCAAGGGAUUUAAAGUCCCCAGUACUAACCACUAUACUAUGGAACCAGAACAUAGUGCUUACUUGUUAUUUUUUUGGCUAGUCCCACUGGGAUUCGAACCCAGGUCAAGGGAUUUAGAGUCCCCAGUACUAACUGCUAUACUAUGGAACCAGCACACAAUAUUUGAUAAUACAUUUUUUGACUGA